AUGGUCACCCCUAGGCGCUCAGCGCGUGUCGCCGCAUCCGACUCUAGCCCAGUCUACACCGAUCCGCCCGAGUCUGGCAUUGUCAGAAAGCGCAAGAGCGAUGCCGCUGGGAGUUCCCCGAGCGCCAAGCGCGGCAGGAAGAGCUCCCAGAAGGGCGAUGAGAAACAGCAGAGCAUUGAAGACGCCAUGGACGUCGACAAGAAGGAAGACCCUAAGCCAGCUCCCGCUGAGAAUGGCGAUACCGCUCCUGCUGACAAACCUGACACGGAUCAGCCAUCUGCCGCACCUCAGGCCACGUCAGAGCAGCAACCAAAGGAAGACGAUACGACUCUCCAGCAAAACGCCGCACCUCAAGCCGAGCCUGAGCAGCCAAAACAAGAGAAUGCGAAUGAGCCAAAGGCGAGUGGUGCACUGCAGCCGGAAGCCAACGAAGAAUCUAAGCCAGGUGACAAACAGGCGGAUCAUCAGUCUGAGAAACAGUCAGAGCCGCAUACCAACCUGGAGCCUGCGCAGGACAAGUCACAAGAAGCUGCUACAGCUCAAGAGCAGUCAAAGCCUAUCGAAUCGCAGCCUGCAGCCGACUCAAAGCCUAGCGAUGAAUCUGCCAACAAGCCUAAGCCUGAGCCCGCGGCGCAAGCUACCACUAAUGGUGACGCGGUCGAACCCGAGGCCCGCAAUGACGAGGUCCCUUCGGCUAUCCUCGAGAAAGGCAUUGUCUACUUCUUCUUCCGUGCUCGCGUCAACAUUUCCGAGCCGCAGGACGUCAACGACAUCGCCCGCUCCUACAUGAUUCUGCGACCACUUCCCAAGGGCGCAAAGCUUGGCGACGGUCCUAUCGGAGAUGAAGGAAACUGCCGCCUAGUCGCCAUUCCCAAGAAGGUGUUACCGCUAUCUGGCAAAGAUCGCUUCAUGGUAUUCAUCGAAGGCGCAAAGAAGUCCUUCAAGGACCUGAAGGAAUCUUUUCUGUCUGCCAGCGACUAUGCAACCAAAACUGCCGGAACGAGCCAUUCCCCUCCUGCCACGCCUGUCGCUGAGGGCGUGUAUGCCAUCACUACCACUGGCCGCGAGAGUCAUUUUGCUUACAUGACGACCAUCCCGUCCUCUCUCGGCGAGGUGCAGAAGGAUGUCGGCAUCAAAGAGCAAGGCUCCUUUGUCAUCUCCGCCAAGAACCCCAAAGCACCAGGCCCGGCCAAUGCCUCGCUCGACAAGGAUCCCGAAUACCCGCAAGAAAUCCUGGAUGAAUUUAACGGCCGCAGGUGGAUGCCACUGCAGCCAAAAGUGUUGGACUACGUUAACACUCAAUUCCUCCUAAUUGGCGAAAGUGGUGGACCUGACAAGGCGCUGGAAGGUUUGCCGCGAGAUGAGAAACAUGGACUGGACACGCCGAAGGAAGAAGUAGAAAAGCUAGAGGGUGAAGAUGAAAUCCGCGUUAAGCAUCUGAAGGGCGAUGAUGCCGUCUUCGCUGAUUUGGGAACCAGCAAAAAGGAGUACCCGGCCAUACUGACAACUUGGGAAUCUUAG